AUGGGACAAACAAGCAUCACAGGGCCUCCAGUUUGUCUGACAGAAAAAAUAGCUCCAGGAACUCGCAAGAUUGAAUUACUGGAUGUCGUCACAAAUGUUUGGGGAUUGAUUCCACACGAAAAUAUACCGAUUUAUCGUUAUGAUUUUCGUGUGAUGGAAGAAUAUCCACCUAAAAAAGGUAGUACGGAACCAUUACUGAAAGAAGUAACGAAACAAACGAAAAAUGAUUAUCUUACGGUGGAUCGCAAAACAAAAUGUAUGGUGAUUUACCAAAUUUUGCUGAAACGUGAAGAACAGUUUUUUGGCACCUUAGACUCGCUAAUUUAUGAUCGUGCGUCAACUUUGUAUUCUUUGCGGAAGUUACCUUUUUCAAAAUGUAGUGGCGAUGAGAAAGAGGAAAUAUUUUUUGUGAAACCGAAUGAGCUUCCAAUGAAUAUCGUUGGAGAAAAUUGUAUAAUGGUUCAUGUACAUAUAAAACCGUGUAAGGACGACUUUCAAUUAACAAUGAACGAUCUGAGCAGUUGCGUUAGCAACAAUCCUGAUCAAAUCAACCGAAGUUUACAGCAGUUUUUAGAAAUUUUGGCUAUGCAAGAAGUGUUUUUCAUGGAGGGCCGUUUUGUGAGCUAUGGAACAGGGGAGUGUUAUCUUAUGGAUCCGAACCAGUUCGGCUUUGGAGAAAGAGAUGUGCCUGAGUUGCAGGAAGGAAAAUAUGUUGCUAUUGGUGCAGCAAAGGGUGUACGAAUAAUUGAAGGACCGCGAGGUUUUAAAAAAGGCAUCAAUGCGGCAUUGGUAAUUGAUGUGAAAAAAGCAGCAUUCCACAUUGAUAAUCAAAACUUGUUUAAAAAGGCGGAAGACAUCCUUCGGAAGAGUAGUGUUGAUUUGACGCGUCGUAUUGAUCAACAAUCAAUAACCGUUUUAAAUAAAGCUCUCAAAGGAUUGUACGUUCGUUGUAAUUAUGGUAAAAACCGUGCAUUCGUUAUUGCGGGUGUUUCGAAGGAAAAUGCACGAACAUCAAAAUUGGUGACAAAAGAUGGUGAAAUGUCGGUUGAAAAGUACUUCGGGAUGAAAUAUUCUAUGAAAUUGAAGUAUCCAUUUUUGCCGUUGAUUAUAGAACGAUUUCCACCAAAGAAUAACUUUUAUCCAAUAGAAGUUCUAAGUGUUUGUGAGAAUCAGCGGGUAUCCAAGGGACAGCAGACAUCAUUUCAGGUGCAAACCAUGGUUAAAGCGUGUGCUAUACCUCCAUCGCUUCGACUACAGCAAACCAAUGUAUUGAGUAAGGCGAUGAAUCUUGGUACUUUUGACCGGAAUAGGUGGAUGGAAAAGUGUAAUGUGGCUGUUACAAAUAAUUUGGAGCUUAAAGCAAGAGUGCUUCCUAUGCCAGCUAUUGAAUAUCGUACUAACGGAUGGGUAAAACCGAGUGAAAAGACUUCGUGGGAAGAUGGGAAGAAUCAGUAUUUGAUUCCGGCUGUUUGCAAAAAAUGGUGUGCGGUGGCAUUAAUGGGUCCACGAGAAGGAAGACUUAAUGAAUAUCAAUUUCGUAAUUAUAUACGCACCUUCCUGCAACACUGCCGUCGGCAUGGCAUGGAAAUGGAUGAUCCAUUUCUAUGUGAGUAUAUCCAGCGUUCAAAACAAGAGGAUAUUGAACCGUUGAUUACGAGGGCCAAACAUUCGGGUGCAGUAUUCAUUCAUUUUAUAACUGCUGACGAGUUGAAUUAUCAUGCGCAUAUGAAAUAUGUUGAGUCACAAGAACAAAUCGUUACACAGGAUUUGAAAGCAUCCACUGCGGUAGCGGUAGUUACGCAAAAUAAACGCCAAACACUUGACAAUAUCGUUAAUAAAACGAAUGUAAAAUUGGGAGGAAUGAAUUAUUCGGUUCAUCUUGAGACGAACUGCGACAUAUGGCUAACGAAACCAGGACUUCUAAUUGUUGGUUUGGAUAUAGCACAUCCUGUUUUUUCUAAUGUAUCUAAAAGGGAUCGAAAUAGUAUUCCUUCAGUUGUUGGUUAUUCAGCAAACAUUAAAAAGCAUCCAUUGGAUUUCAUCGGCGGAUAUCGCUAUGGCAAGGCGAAUAUGGAAGAGAUGGCGGAUGAUACAAUACAACAUAUCUUCUCAGAUAUAUUGCGUUAUUUCAAUGCAAAUCGUGGGAAGCCGCCGACGCAUUUGUUCGUUAUUCGAGAUG